GAGCAAAGGAACAAGGGUUUCCAGUCCUUGAUCAUCGCAAAGACUUCUGUGACUCAGAAAGGAAUGAUGGCCUUGUGUCAAUCUUUGGUCAACAAUGGACAAUUCAGAACCAGCCUUUCCCAUUUGGACCUCUCUGGAAAUCCAGGAAGUUUGUUGGCUGAAGGUGGAAAUGGUUUGUUUUCCUUCCUGAAUGAGCCAAAUGCUUUGGGUCAUCUCGAUCUCUCUGGGUCAGACUGUGCUCUGGACAUGGUGAGCAACUACUGUAGCAACCAUUGUUUCCGAUCCUCCAGGGAUGUGUGAUAUUCUGUCCUUUUAUUUUGGCAUCAUUUUGGUGAAAUCCAUCAUGACUGCAAAGAU